AUUCUGUAACGUUUGGUCAGUAUUCUCUACAGCACUUGUUAUGAGUGGAAGAAGGCAGCAGUGAUACAGAAUACCAGUAGCUGAAUACAGAAUGGAAUAUAUUGUGGUUCUUUUCCUGCUGACCACGCCAUCAUCCGUCACCCUGAGCGUUAAUGAACUCACAGGGGCCAUGACCUAUGAUUACCUGCAUGUGCCACUGCAAAGUAAGAAUCCAAAUCAUCCAACUGAGAAUAUAAAAGUUCUGAGAACCUUUCAGAAAGCAACUGAUGCACCCAUCUCUGGAAAACUUGGUGCAACAAUAAGUCAGCCUCGUUGUGGUAUUGAUGACUCUUUCAGCAACACAUCCUUAAAAUACCGGGUGAUGGGUUAUUGGAGGAAGAAAAAGCUGACCUACCGAAUCUACAAUUACUCCCGAGAUUUGGGCCUAGCGAAGACACGUUUUGCCAUUCAGACCGCUUUUAGGUACUGGAGUGAGGUGUCCCCUCUAAGGUUCCAGGAGGUGCGCCAGGGAAGAGCAGACAUCAAAUUCUCAUUCCACAGGAAAGAUAAAUCAUGUCCAAUUCCCUUUGAUGGGCCAGGAAAGGUGCUAGCCCAUGCAGAUGCUCCUGAAUCAGGCAUUGUGCAUUUCGAUGAUGAUGAAAAGUGGACCGAAGGGAAGGAUUCUGGCUUUAACCUGAGGAUUGUAGCAGCACAUGAAAUUGGCCAUGUGCUUGGCCUGGGCCACUCACAGUAUUACAAUGCCUUAAUGGGACCCAUAUACAAAGGAUAUCGACCCAACUUUAAACUACAUCCUGAUGACAUACAAGGCAUUCAAGCUAUUUAUGGAAAGCCUGUCAAAUAUCCUCGUGCGUCCAGGAAUACUAGUCCAGUAACCACAGCGGCAAGACCUCCAGAUCUCUGCAAGGCUACCAUGGAUGCAAUUAUGUUGGGUCCUUUUCGCAAAACUUACAUCUUUCAUCGCCAGUAUGUGUGGACCGUGUCCAGCACAGGCAGCAGUGUGCCUGUCCUGAUCUCUGUGCUCUGGAAAGGUCUGCCAGGGAAUCUGAAUGCUGCUGUUCACUCACAGAGGACUAGGAAGUCCUACUUCUUAAAAGGGGACAACAUUUGGAGGUAUUCAGGCUUCAAAUUGGAUCAUGGCUUCCCUAGACUAUUGACUAACAUCCCAUCUAACGUCGAUUCAGCCCUGUAUCUCAACAGGAACAAUAAAGUGAUCUUCCUCAAGGGCUCUGUAUACUGGCAGUGGGAUGAAAAUAGAGCAAUGCACAUCAGUUUGUACCCCAAACCCAUCUCACAACUCUUCUCUGGGCUACCUGACAACACAGAGGCGGCCUUCGCCUGGACAGAUGGCUACAUGUACUUCUUCAAAGGAGACAAAUUCUGGCGCAUAAAUGAAUUCCACCCAACAGCGGAUAAAGGCUAUCCUCAUAGCACAAGACAAAAAUGGAUGUUAUGUUAUAGGUAGACCA